AAGGUAAGGUAUACCAACAAUUCAAACUACAGGAGGGAUGAGUUAAUAAGAAAAGAGUUUUCAAUUAGUGCAGCAGUGGUGAAACAAUUGAAGAAAAUAGUAGCUGAAAGUGAGAUACUGAAGGAAGAUGAUGCUAAAUGGCCGCCAAAGAAUAGAGAUGGUAAGCAAGAGUUAGAAAUCAAAGCUGGAAGGUAUCAUAUAUCGUUUGAGACAACCAAAUUGGGCUCUUUAACAGAUGUUAGAAAUAGUGAAGAUCCAGAAGGUUUAAGAGUGUUUUACUAUUUCGUUCAAGAUAUAAAAGCUUUAAUAUUUUCGCUAAUUUCACUCCAUUUCAAGGUAUGUAACAAAGCUGGCCAUUAUCAAAUGCAAAAUACUAACCCACACCCAGGUCAAACCUAUAUGAACUCAUCAAGAGUUUCUUGUUUAAUUAACAAGUUUGUACUAUACAUACAAUUUAGAGAUUUCGAUUAUGUAAGAUAUUAUGUAAUUUUGUAA